AUGGCAAACACAACACAAGCAAAACAACCCGCCAGGCGGACAAGGUGCCAGCGUCAGACCCCUGAAGGCAAACGCGAGACAACAAAGACCCCGAGCCUGCCGCACGGGUGGUGGACACCCCCUCGCCCCGGCCGUCCGAGCUCCGCCCGCAGCCGCACCCCCGCGCCCUCGGUGGCCCCCGCCGCGUCGCGCCGCCCACGAUCAUCCGGCAAUCUCGGCUCACCGAGUCCCUUCUCACGCUGCGUUCAAAAUCUUUCCCGCCCAGGCGUGACGCCGAGAAAGGCUAACAAUCAAGAGCGUCCGGGGCCUGGGCCCUCACGGGGAGGGCAGCCGGAGCAGCCCCGGCCGAGGGAUCCCCCUGCAUCCCCACCCUCCACACACACACAUACACACACACCGGGGGCGCAGCCCCCUGCCCGAGCCGGGUGGACCUGCGCGCUGGGGCCCGGAGGUGACACAAAGAAGCCGGAGAGCCCAACGCCACCCGCUGGCUCCCGCUCCCAGCCCGGGAGCGACCCGCCCGCUGACAAGUUGGCGGCGCCCUCCACGCACCCCGCUCUCCCCACCCGCGCGCAAAGUUUCCGGUGGCUAGCCAGGGCCCCGGGCAGCACGUCCACCGCGUCUCUGGCACCCCAGUUCCGCCCCCGGCUCGGGGAUCUUCCCCUCCCUCACGCUCCCUCCAGGGCGCACUUGGGGUGCUGCGGGACUCCCCGGCCUCGAGCGCUCACCCGCCGUCCGCCGGGCCGAGGUGGGAAGGGCGCGGGGUAG